UCUCAAGCCCUGUGUUGUCCCCGCUGCUCGCCAUACUUUAGCCUAUUGAAUCCCCCACUAAGUACCUAAUACUUGAUUAAUUUCCCCACAUUAAGUUGGUGAUACGAUACAUCUGUACAUCCCCUCACCACCAAAUCCCACCAAGCCCCUCAAACAAACACCAUAGAUAAACCCCAACCAACAAGAAGAAACAAUGUCAAACACAAAAGCCAACAUCCUCCUAAUCGGCAGCGGCGGCGUGGGCACCAUCGCGGCCCUAAACCUAGAAGCCGGAAACCUCGCCCAGGUAACCGCCGUCCUACGCUCCAACUACCAAGCCGUAGCAUCGAACGGCUUCAACAUCACAUCCUGCGACCAUGGGACCCUAAAAGGGUGGAAGCCUACCACCACAACAAACCGCAUCCCGGAGAAGAUGGCACCAGAAGCCCCAAAAUACGAUUACAUAGUCUGCACCACGAAAGUAAUCGCCGAUUGUCCCCCACUCACAGCUGAUCUGAUUAAGCCGGCCGUAACACCGGGACACACUGUGAUCGUGCUGAUCCAGAACGGACUGAAUAUCGAAAAGCCCUAUUUCGCGGCCUUCCCGGAGAACAUUGUCCUCUCGGGAAUAAGCAUGAUUGACUCGCAUGAAGUUGCGCCGGGGGUGAUCGAGCAUGGCUCCGCGGAUGAUCUGGUCAUUGGUGCGUUUCGAAAUCCGAAUUUAGAUUGUGCUGUUGAAGUCGCGGCUGCAGAGCGCUUCGUGGGCUUGUAUUCGGCGGCUGGAAAGACGAAGUGUAUUCUGGGACUUGAUGUGGCGUAUAGUCGCUGGAGGAAGCUGAUUUUUAAUGCGUGCUUGAAUUCGAUUUGUGCGCUUACGGGUCUGGAUACCGGGCGUAUUCGCCUUGCCGGGGAUGCGGUGGAGAUGCUUGUUAGGCCUGCGAUGGAGGAGAUUCGUGCGGCGGCUGGGUCUGUUGGGGUGAAUUUGCCGGCGGAGGUUUGUGAGGAGGUUAUUGGGGCUUAUCCGGUGACUAUGUAUUUGCCUCCGAGUAUGUUGGAGGAUGUUUGGAAGGGGAAUCUUAUUGAGGUCGAGAGUAUCGUUGGAGAACCCCUUCGGGUUGGUCGUGCUAAUGGGGUGGCUAUGCCUACUCUGUCUGUUUUGUAUAAUUUGUUGAAGGGCGUUCAGUGGAAGACGAAGGAGCAGAGGGGGCUGAUUGAGAUACCAGCUCAGGGUGGUUCUGUCGCAGAGUCAUAAAACUAGCAAGAUAGGUAAGCUCUAUAUUGCUUCAAGUACAGACAUCAAACUUAGCAUUGGCAUCAAUAAUUUCACAUAAAAUCAAUAUUUCCAACCGAACUAGAGACACUUUGCUUGAGCUUCUGGAUAUAGAUGACAUUCUCUGAUCAAAACUAGGAAAGAUAUACCCAACUCUCCAAUACUUACUCAACAUUAUCCGAAGAGCUAUGCAUUAUUCUGGUGCGUUCUCCAACUCGUCCACAAUCCUCUGUGCACGCUCGAGGGUCGCCUGAGCUGUAUCAACCUUAAGCUGCAGCGUUCUCGCCAUUUCAGGAAACCUCCUUGCCUCAGUAACCUCACCCUCUUCCGCAAUGAUACU